AUGAAAUGCGACGAAGUCAAGCCUGUGUGCGGGCCCUGUGCAAAAGGUAACCGCGACUGUGUAUACGGACAUGCAAAAUCCGCUCUCGAUGCACGUCUACAAACUAUUCCUGCCCUGUCCACCCUUCCAACACAGCACUGGGCCCAGAACAAGCAACGUCAUAGUCCAGGCAGUGAGCCCGACCUAGGACAGCUCCCGUGGAAUCAAACAACAACAGCAGCAGCAACAAGCUAUGGCGACUCCCAAGAUUCGACUCCUGUCUCCAGCGUCCUCGAGCCGCAUCGCUGGUUUGGCCUGCUGGCCGAGGACUGUCCAUUCGAUGACAACGACUAUUUCACGGCUAGACGGAAUGAGAUGAUGCGGCUACAGGCUCAAAGUGCCAGCAACAGCCCAACCGCCAGAGCAAGUUUGCCAGAUACCGACAGUGGAUAUCCCACGCCCCAGAUGUCACACUUGAACUCGCCACACCUUGGCCUGCCGCCGUCGUUGAUGCCCUCGAUGGCUCCUCGAAGCUCAGUGCCGAAUGGCGACGAACGUGAGCUGUGGCAGGCCCCCAUCACCCUCACUGAUCAUCAGAUCUGCCUCUUCAGCACAUUCGUCAACCAUCUAAGCUUGUGGCUUGACCUCUACGAUCCCUUGAAGCAUUUCUCGACCAUGGUACCCCAGCUUGCCCUGUCCAAUGAAGGUCUCAUGAAAGCCAUUCUGGCCCUUGCUGCCCGCCAUCUCUCUAUCAAGCCUCAGGACUGCAACGUUAGGCCCGAUCGCACCGAGGCUGUGCAGUAUUAUUCCGAGACUCUGCAGUAUCUCCAGCGUGCCAUGAAGUACGAGUCCUACACGCGCAGCCCCGACAUCAUCGCUACUGCCCUCAUUGUUUCGGCGUACGAGAUGAUUGACGGCGCCGGCAAGUCCUGGGAGCGCCAUCUUAAGGGCGUCUUUUGGAUCCAGCGAUCGCAGGAGAACCAUGGUGAGUCAGGUGGGUUGCGACAGGCCGUCUGGUGGGCGUGGUUGCGUCAGGAUAUCUGGGCGGCCUUCCGCGAGCGGAGAAAGUGCUUCUCUUUCUGGAGGCCCAAGAAGUCUUACUCCAUGAUGAACCAAUACGAGAUUGCGAAUCGUGUCGUGUACCUCGCUGCCCAAGCUGUGAAUUACGCCUCUGAGGAGGAGCGCAAGGCUGGCGAGGCCAAUGUGCAACAACGCAUGGACAAUGCUGACACCCUGUUGAAUAUGCUGGAUGACUGGAAGAGGCACUUGUCCAUCCACUUCCAAGAGCUGCCCAUCCCGAAGAGUUCCAACAGUGACGCGGCCUUCCAGAUCCACUGGAUCAACCCAUCUCCAUUUGCUUGCGCCAUGCAAUACUACCAUUUUGCUCGUAUCCUCCUCAUGAUCCACCGCCCUGCACCAGGUGGUUAUCUGGAAUACUCGAAUCGCAACAGUACCAUUGCAGAGUCAAUCGACGUUAUCGGCGGCAUCGCCAUGACGAUCAAGGACCACGCUGCCACCAUCCUCUCCACGCAAGCUUUAUACUGCGCCGCUCUCUACACCUCCGACCCGUCCAAGCAGGCUGCCCUCUGCAAGAUGAUUGAGGAACACCAAGAUCGCACCGGGUGGCCGGUCAUCCAGCUCAACGAGGAGCUGCGCAUGGAGUGGUCAUGUCAGGGUCCUUUGUAA